ACAGCCUGUUGCAAUUUUGUAAUACGAAGACCAUGUUAGCUUCAGAACACAAGAGUUUCUGCAUUCCCUACCUACAAGAAAUCUUUCCUUAAACUCGAUAUUUAAUUUCUUGAUCUUAGGUGUUUGGUCUAAUCAGCAAUUAAAUCUGAAAGAGAGCAUGUCAGAUAAAAGUAUACACAGUAACAACAUGCAGAAUGAAAAGCUUAGCUUCUUCAGGAGUAAGGUAUUCAUCUGCAUCUUGGAAACAAUCUUAAUAUACGGUUCAAAUGACAAAUGAAAUGGGUCGCAAAGAAACACGUUACUUACAGACUUUAAAUUGUGAUUCAAUGGCCCAGCAAAACAUGAAAAUGCGCCCAGUGCUACUGAAAAGGAACAGUCUGGAUUCAGCUGACUUUAUGAGGCAGCCGCACCACCGCAGGACCAAAUCCCAGCAGGUUCGAUUCAAGGAUGAUGGUGUGAACACAAAGACAGAAAUGGACACCAAUCCUGCCCAAGAUAUAGCAUUCACAACCAGAAAAACAGAAAUCUUUAGGGAUAACGAUUUUUUGCUACAUCAUUCUCCAUCUUUUCCAAGGGCUCAGAAGGGGCUUCGGAAUAUUGCCAUACAAACAUCUCCCAGCCUCAGGAAACACUUCCCGGUUUUCAAAAAGAAAAAGCUGACAGUAAGCAAAUCAUUAACAGAAAUGCCAACUGAGCCUACGAAUUCUAUCCAAGCCAAUGGCAGUCUUUCAGAACACGACAUUAUGUCUUCUGAUCUCUGUUAUUUAAGAAUAACUAAUGAUUUGGAAGAUGGAUUUGGGAAUAGUGAGGUGGACGGCGAGUUAAGUCAAAGACCACCAAAAGCACAAAGCAAUGGACCUAUCCACUCAGACGAUUUCUCAGCAUCAGAGAAGACAACUGUUUCUACACAGGUGCCUGAAUACAUACACGUGAGUUUUCCACAAGACAGCAAUGUUUCCAUGGAUGCACCAGACCCAACCAUGAAUUUAAGUAAUUCACUGCCUUCUUCUACUGUCAUAAAUAGCGAUGAAAAUAAUGAAAACAGCACGCUGCCAUCUAAUUGUGAACAAGCAUACCCUUGUCUAAGCAAUUCUACUAACUGCAGGGAAUGUAAUCCUCAUUCUGACUCUUGUGAAGCAGAUAAAAGUGAUUCCGAGUUGCUUGUAGCCAGCAAAGAUGCAAGCAGUAAGGAAACUACUCCAUUAUCACCUCCAUCAAACCACAGUUCAUCUUCUCUCCUCAGAGACUACCAACAGGCAGGAGAGCACAGAACAGACUCCAGUUGUGUGACAUUAACGAAUGAUGAUCACACAAUAAUGUCAUUGACCAGCAGUAACGCAUCAAAACCUAUUCUGUCAUGUAAUACUGACACCGAGAAAAAUUCUACUCAGUCAGAUGUUUCCCAGUGUAACAGCUGUUUAGAAGGAUUUCAUAUAAAGUCUUAUCUGCCAAGGAAUGAAAUAAACCCACAAACCAACAAAGAGAUUAGAGAAAUAAAUCAAAUUCAUUUGGCACGUGGUGAACUCUCUGCCCUACAAGGCAGGCUGCAGUCUGUAGAGGAAUCCUUGCAGUCAAACCAGGAGAAGAUUAAAGUCCUUUUGAAUGUAAUCCAAGACCUGGAAAAAUCCAGAGCCCUAAGUGAAGGGCGUAACUUCUAUCACACCGGGCAAGACCUCAACAACUGCAGCACCUGCCAGAACACCGCAUGCAUCAUUUACAGUGUAGAAUAUGACUUCAGACAACAAGAAGGAAGAUUUCAUCAGAUUUUGAAAACGCUGGACCAUGCAGAGCAAAAUCCAGCUUCAGCUUCCCCUCAGAAGCCACCAUCUGAUCAUCCAGCUCCUGAGAAAAAGGAGUUAAGAAGAAAACCAAAAAAGGUGAAGAGAAAAUGCUUCUGGUGGAUUUGACUUCCUUAUGGAUCCUUUUACAUUUCAAAAGACACUAGAACAGAAAGAGGUUUGAGAGCACACACCUGAAAAGGUGCUAUUACAAAAUCACAAAGCUAAAGAAUAUUUAAUUAGAGUAUCUAAAAAAUCAAAAGAAUUGAAUUUACUUAAAUCGUCUCACUGAUUAAAGGCUCAUGAAGAUACUAUUUUCAAAAAGAAAAUGUUUCUUUCAAAAGGAAGCUUUCUCAUUUUUUCCAUGGACACUUUCAUAUGCUUUGUAAAGAAUUUUUUUUGACUUUCCAAAAAUAUCAAGGUUUAAAUCUCUACUUCAAAAACCAGUGGUAGACAACAUGAGGGGUGUCACAGUCUUGAUUUCCUGUUUAUAAGCAACACGGACUAAAAAGAAAGAACUUCAUUGAUAUUUAAACAGAUGACAUAAUGAAGAACAAAUUUAGAAGAAUCUACAUUUUUCAAACAAAUCUCUCCUUGAAGGAGUCAAUUACAAUUAUUUUGCAUCCACACUGAAAAGAUUUUUGUUGCUGUCAUCUAACGUUUAACAACAAAAAAUUAAUUUCAGGUUAAGUUUUAGUCUGUCCUUUUAUUGGUUCAAUUUAAAAAGCAACCAUCUAGAAGUUUCAGCCAUUCAAUAGACUUCUCUGUAAAGAAUGAGAGAAUCAUAAAACAAGAGUGUUUCUUGGAAAUUCUAGUAUUAACCCCCUACACAAGCAAGGUCCAAUGAGGUGAAUUUGAGUGCUGACUAUGUCCAAAGACAAAAAUCCCUAAACCCUUGGGACAAGCUGUUCCAAAUUUUUUCUUAACAUCUAAUCUGAGUUUCCUAUGUUCUAACUUGUGUCCAUUACACUCUACCCUAUGCAAAUACACCUUCAAAAAGAAUUAGAUAAUAAGACCUCUCUUCCUCAGCCUUCACUUCUUAAAGACUGAACAAAUUUAAUUUUCACUGCCUCUCUACACAUGUAUGAGCUGCAGCCCGCAGUCAUCUUGAUGGACUCCCUGCAGGGAGCUGAUGUCUUUCAUCUACCUGGAAGCCAAAAGCCGGACACAAAGCCUCAGAUGUCAUCACACAAUUGCUGACUAGAGGGGAAAAAAACACUUUAGCUACUGUCUUGCUAAACUGCUUGCCCUAUUCGUCCAUUUAAGACCCAUAUCAAUAGACCAAAAUAUACCAAGAUGUGGAAUUCUGGCUUUAAGAUUUAAGUUGAUACAUGAUAUAAAAUUGAUCAUAAAAAAAAUAUUUAAUGAACUUCUCUGUAUUACAUCAAUUAUAUAUGACAAAAAGAUUUUAUCAGAUGUCAAUGCAGCUAUUUCUUUCCUUCCAAACCAGUCAAGUUACCAGCUAGCACAGGGUCUGCCAAUGUAACCGAACUUAGGGUUGCCGAUACUCUUAUUUUGCUCAUGAAAACCUGGUCACCUUUCAUACAGGGGGUAGAGAGGAAAAGGUUAUCCAAAGCAAGUUUAAAGGGCACACUGUAAAGCUCAAUUAAUGUAUUUUAUGUUUAGUGGAAUGUAUUGCAGACCUUUCCUUAGAAGUCAGUCUGGUUAAUUAGUUCAAAUGGUGCCAGGGUAUUCAAUAGAUUAACCCCUGGAUCCUAUUUUUCUAAAUCAUAUUGUAUUAAUUGUGCAAUGUUAUUUAAAAAUGUCUGUACACUUUUGUAAACUUCUGUGUUCCUUGAAUUCUUAGGGUUAAUUACACAUUUGAAAACACAUUAAAAACAAUUUUGCACAGAAUAAUUUUGUCUGGAAGAACUAAGUUUUUUUGAUAAAACUAAUCUUCAGUUAGAAGAGAGUCUAUUAUGUGACAUGGCCUAAUUUAUCCAAAUUGUAAAGAAUUUACAGCUUUAAAAAACAUUUCCUUGUUAAGUUCAUUCAGUACGGAAAUAACAUUCCUUUAUUUUCACUAUUUUAAGAAUUUUUAAAAUUAUUGGUUUAGAAUUUUUAUUAGCCAAAAGGAUGCCUUUAUUGAGACAGAAAAGCUCUUCAAUAAUAAUUUGUGAGUAUAACAAAGUUAAGAAUUAAAUUAUUACAUGAGAACAUGCCAUUAUAUUACACUCAAAUACACAUCCUUCUUAUGCUGGUAUGCCAACAGCAUUCCUAGCUUGCAUUAGUCUCUAUAAUUGAUAUAAUGAAGGAUUUACUAGCUUAUAAAUGGUUCUUGCAUAUUAAAAUAACAUUCUAAGAUUAACUUCCUCUGAGGUAAAGUUAUAAUAAUAAGCAACACCAACAGACGUUACACUAGCAAACCCAGGGAUGUUUUUCUGUAACAAACUGAUCUUCACUAACUUGUUAUUAUAUGAAAACAAUAUUUUUGACCGUCUUUUUGUUAAUAAGCACAAAAAAGCUCAUUUUAAGCUGUCUGAUUUUAGUUUUGACUACAUAACGGCCAUGAUGCCUUCAAUACAUUUUCAAACCACCCAGAUUAUUCAAUUUAAACAAACCAUGGCAUUUUGGUUCACCCCGUAGCACCAAUCAAUUCCAGGGGCCAGUAAAACUACACAAGAACAUAAACACUCUGCUUAGUUUAAGUAAAUUCAACCAAAGAUAGAUUUAAGUAAGGCCUGAACGAGCAUCAAUACUUCUAAAAGACUGAAAUAUACUGAUUUAAAUGGUUAGAAGCUUUAUAUUUUAAUGUCUGGUCUUGACGGAAUUCCAAACUGUAGACAAUUUUUAAUCCCUAAUCUCCCAGUCAAAAUUAGGCUUUGUUUUCCAUUUUCCUCAGAUGGCUGUUUUUCAAUUCUCAGUCAGUAAAGUAUAGAUUAUCCAUAUGUGGAUACGAAAUUCUCUUUUUAAUAUAUGCACACACAGCAGUAGGGAAACGCUUAAGGUAUCUGGGCCAACCAACUCUCAGCUCCCAAUGCUGCAAUUUAAGAACAUUCACUUGUCUUUCGGCCUGCUCUCUGUUCAGAGUUUUAAAAUCCACCCCCUUCAAGACAUCUGUUUUCCUAGGAAGAAAAUACAAAAUUACAGUGCUGCUAGAGCACUGUCCUUCAGAAAGGUUGCUCCUAGAGUUCUCCACUUCAGUACAACAAAGGAGAUUUUUUUGAAUCAGCAUUAGUAGCAACACACAGCCAAGUUCUAAAAUACAUGCUUAAGGUCCAAACAAAAGGCUUAUCUGAAACACAGGCAGAACUCCCUCAUUCUUCUUGCAGAGGUUCAGACUACUGUGAGCAAAAACACGCAAUAAUUUAACUGAAAAUAAAGUAUGCCUACAAAAGGAUAAGCAUCACAGUUUCACAAUAAAAUGACACCUACUAAAAGCAAGAAGUUAUACGCAGAUUUCUCCACAGUAUGUCACACACAAUAAGCUUUCUAUGUAAAUUUUUAAAGACAAAAUUGCUCCACAAUUUUUGUGGAGCAAAAGGUUAUUUGUUACAUUAAAGGUGACAGUGGGAAAGUGUCAGUCACGGUAUGCAUCGACCACAGCAAGAGAGUAUGACUGCUUAAUUGUUGUAUGUUUUGUUUAGAUUAAAUGUAAAAAUUUAUAUCCUAGCAACACAAAAUAACUAAAAAUUUAUAGCAUUGUAACACAUUAUUGGAGAAUCUAAAGUACAUGAAAAUGUAAUAUGUAAGCGUUGCUUUUUAUUGCUUCAUUUUUUAACUGUUUUAAUAACUAUUAAUUCAUAUAAGAAAUAAAAGAAUUACCAGAUAAACACUAUGCAACUUAUGGUGUCAAGAUUGGAAAAGCAAUGGAAAUUACUCCCAGAGUAGGGAAUAAAUGUUAGAAAUACACACAAACAUGCCCUUAAAUAAAAUUUUAAAACCCAUAAAGAAGCAACAAACCAAGAACAAAAAAACCCAAAGCCACAGCUACUUGACAGCACUUGCAUAUAAAAUAUUGUAGGCUUCUCUGAAAGACAUAUUUAAAUGACAACUGCAAUAUGCUAUUUAUAAAACUUUGCACAGAACAUGGCAUAUUUCAAAAUUACUGUAUUUGAAAUUGCUGUUUUCAGAGCCAACCUAACUUUCUUCAAAAACUCAGAAUGUACGAAUAAAAUACUGAUUUCUCUUGGUCAUGUAACAGCAGCUCAUGUAGGGCUUUUUAUAGUUUUGUGCACUAUAGCUCUUUGAAAAGGUCACAAUACUAAGUAAUUAUGCUAGCUUAGAAACAAAACAAC